AUGGUCCAGUGUUUGACAUGCCUUUGGAGGCUGUCCUACGCUACAGCCUCUAAAAAAACCAGGCUGUCCCAAAUCCCUGGUAAUAGAAUUGUUUACCUUUAUACCAAGAAGGUUGGGAAAGAACCAAAAUCUGCAUGUGGUGUUUGCCCAGGCCAACCUCGCAGAGGUCAUACUGUGAGACCUAAAGUUCUAAUGAGGUUGUCUAAAGAGAAAAAGCAGGUCAGCAGGGCCUAUGGUGGAUCCACGUGUUCUAAAUGUGUCCAUGACAGGAUCAAGCGUGCUUUCCUUAUUGAGGAGCAGAAAAUCAUUGUGAAAGUAUUGAAGGCACAAGCACAGAGUCAGAAAGCUAAAUAAAUUUAAAAAGUGAAGCUUUUUUGAGUAAUAAAA